AUGAACCCUAGCUUCUUCCUCCACGCGCCACCGGACACAUCCACUGCCGGCGCCGGACAUGUCCGCGUUGCCGCCCCGUCCAACCCGAGAAUGCCAUGUGUCGCGUUGCCGUCUCCCUCCGCCCCGCAGGCCCGCCAGGCCCACGGGGAGCCCACCCCGGGCCCGAUCCGGCGCCCCCGCGUCCUCUGCCCUAGCGCCGCCGCCGGCGACGUGAACCUCCGCCGCCUCCGCACCUCGCCUCGCCGGCGCGCCUCCAGCGCCGCGCCCGCCGCUGCCUGGAUCCCGGCGCCGCCCGAGCGCCUCGCGCUCGCGCCCUCAGGUCGGCGUCCGCCUCUGCCGCCUCCCUCGCCGCCGGGACGCCGCCUCCUUGCUUGCCAGAGCUCCGCCACUGCCGGCGCCCGAGCUCGCCGCCCUCCACGCCGUGCGCCGCCGUCCUUCGCCACCGCCGGCGCCCCAUCGCCGGAUCCGCGCCGCCCCUCGCCUCCUCCACCAGAUCUGCACCGCCCCGUACCCCGAUCCAAACGGCACGCCUGCACCGCCCCGUCCCCGAACCUCUCCGUCCAACUUUCUUUGGGGUGA